UGUGCGCAGUUGUCCUGUAGCCUUGUCAUCGUGCAAAAGCCUCUCCAGCCGAGUGGUCUAUACAUUACUUCUCAUUUGCUCCAAAGAGUUUUUAGUUCACUUACUGCUUGGAUCAAUCGCUGAAUCGCCAGACGGGAGGGGCCACAUUACGUCACUUGUGAAAUCUAUACUAACCGGCGUGCCUGACGUUCGAGUAUUUUCUAUUUUUAGCCGGGGUGAACUUCCGUGCCAUUCCCAAUUCACUUCUAAAUUUAACGGCAGUCCUCCCUCUGCAAGUCUAUAUCAUUCGCUAACUGUUCCUCGUGACGAAAAGCCAACCACGACCAUUCCCUUGAAUCCUUCUCAGAAAAAGAGAAAAAUCCAAUCAAUAUGGGAAAUAGCACAAAUUCCGCUGCCGGAGGCGAUGGCGCUGAUGCAGACUCCAAAAUGAACAGUGCCGUGAUCGGAGUUGGUGUAGGAUUGGCCGCUGGUUUUGCAGCACCGUUGAUGGCCGGUGUGGCCUUGUCAGCCAUGGGAUUCACGAGCACAGGAAUAGUUUCGGGAUCGCUGGCCGCUUCGUGGGAGGCUUCCGGCGGGAGUCUUUUCUCAGCCCUGCAUUCCGUUGGUAUCUCAGGCAUCGGCGGAGCUAUGGCCGCCGGGCUCGGGGCCGUCUUUGGCACAGCUGCCGUCGUUUUGACAACUCUGUUCAGGAAAAAGAAGCUGGAAGUAACUGAAAAGAAAAUUGAACCGGUUGAGGAGAAAGCCGUCAUGGCUACCACCCGGGCCCAAUCCGCUGGACGCUGCCCAGCAGCAACUGAACCUGUCAUGCCGGAGAAACGAGAAGAACAGGUGAAAAAGGAAAUCUUGGCAGAUGAAACGGCCUCAGUUCAAAAGAUAACCAAUGCCGUCCAACACAGCGAAGCCGUUGCGGAAGCGGAGAUUGUGAGUAUUCCGGAAUCGAAAGGAUCGCAAGACGAAGAUGUUGUUCCAAUUCAACCGGAGGUUCAUUUUACAGCUGCUACGUCCAUUGAAGAUCAAAUCGAAAACCAAAUCAUUCAAGCAACGAACGAUGUGACGGAAACAAAAGAACAAGAAAAAGUAGAAGAAGAAGAGAAACAAGAAGAAGAAGAAGAAGAAGAAGAAGAGGAAGUAGAAGAAUUGUGUUAUCCAGUUAAACCAGCGACGUUUAGCGAACACAUUCUCGCAGCUAGAGAAGUCAUGGAACCAACGCCAGUUGCCUCACCGGUGCAAUCGGAGUUGGUGCCGGAGAAAGAUAAAGUUGAGCAAAAAGAAGAGGAAGAAGUAGAAGAAGAAGAGGACGAAAUGGUUGUCGUUAAAGCUGCUGUAAGCACGGAAGCUGCUCCUCCAGUUAAAGAAGAAGUCAUUAGCAGAAUCGCAACGAAUGAUGAAACGAAGGAAGUACAAGAAGAGAAAUGUGAGGUAGCCAUAACUGCAGCUAUCACGGCUGCAGCUUGUCCGGCGGUACAACCACCAGAAGUCGAAGAAGAAGAGGAAGAAGAAGAGGAAGAAGACGAGGAAGAAAUGGUCAUACUUCCUUCUGCAAUUGAAGUAGCUCAAACGCAAGAGCCUGAAAAGAAAGUGGAAGAAAAAAUCAUCGUGAGCACACCCGCACCUAUUUUUGAAGCCCAAACAAUGAAGCCUGAAACAAAAGCAGAAGAAGAGGAAGAAGAAUAUGAAGAAGAAGAAGAAUACGAAGAAGAGGAAGAAGAAAAAGUCGUUAUCAAAACGCCUGUUGCAAUUGUCGAAGCUCAAGUAAAGAAACCUGAAACCGAGAAAGAAGAGGAAGAAGAAGAUGAAUACGAAGAAGAAGAAGAAGAGGAGAAAGAAGUGGAGAAAAAGGAAGCAAACAUUCAAGAGACAGCAAUCAAAGCGCCUGCAGAAGUGAAGCCAGUAACUGCAGUGACUGAGCCAGAAGUGAAACCAGCAGCUGACCCAACCAAAAACCAGUAAUCAUGUCACAGUAAAACGUCCUAUUAACAAGUGUGAAAAACGGAUAAGGUUAGCUCGACAGCUGAUGGUGCGCAAACCUUGACACAAAAAUGUGAUUGAACCAAGUGUAUUACCAGUAAAAAAAAAAAAUCUAUCGUUAUUAAUCCAACGUAGCUAUUCAAAAAAAAAAACUUUGAUUAACCAAUUUCUUUCCUUACCAUUCUUGCUAUUAUUCUGUCGGCGGUCGGUAAAAGCUACACGAAUGAAUUAUAAGUUUUAAAUUAUCAUAAAGAAUUUUCAGUUAGGGGAAGGAACGCCUUAACAAGGAGAAAUCACGUCGGAAAAAGAUGAACAAGAAAUUGAUUUAAGAAAGUCAGGGGGAUAAAAAAGCGUGUCUUCCAUUUCCGAUUUGGGGUUUCUCAGUUGGGUCUAAGUUUGGGUAUCACGGGAUACGUACGGUAUUGUUAUAACAUUUGGUUAUAUUACUCUAUAAUUAAAUGUUUCUUUGAGUUUAGGCAGUUAAACAUUCGUCCCUAAUACGAAAAGUGGAAAUGCAAACUGGUAAAAAUCAGUUUUUUUGGAACACAACUCAAAAUCCCUGUACACGACGAAAUGAACGCGUGAUUUCCGAGAUCGCGUGACCAUCCCACCUAUUCUCUGUAUGAGCUAGAGGAAGUAAAACAAUAGUUAAACUCCAAUGGAAUGAUUGGAAAUCCAAGGGAAUAAAACCACAAGUCUCUUGCCUAGUAACGAAAACAUGUGAUUGCAAUCACGACGCUAGUUUCGAUGGAGCUCUUUACGUAUACUCACGAUAGUAACCUGACGAUGGUCCCGAUACACCCCCAAAAAGUAAUUUUUGAUUUAAAACAUUUUUUUGUUGUUCUUUAAAGUUUCUUGGGCUAUGGACAGGGCAAACACCUUAACGGCCAUUUCACGAUUUUCUGAGUACAUUUUUAGGUAUUUGGUGAAUUUUUACGAUACAGUACUUCAAAUAUAUAAUCUUUCAAAAACAA